AUGAGGAGACUUCUCCUUCGUGGGAAGCUCCGUAGCGAAGGCGGCAUCAAGAUGACCGGGGGACCUGGCGUGAGCUUUAGUGGUCGAGCCUUUGUGGCAAGUCAACAAAAGGCGAGGGUACUCCGGAGUCCGGAGUGCCAGCGCAGAGACACAAUUCCAGCCGUCCGAUCUAGGCACGCACGCACAGAAGAAACAGAAGAAAAGAACCAGCAAACCGGCGCCUCUUGCCUUGCCCCUCCGUUCCGAGCCUCCGCCGACCGCCGCCGCAACCGCGUCUUCCGUCGCCGCCUCCACAGCGUCAUCUCGGCGUCCGCUUCCACCUCCUCGUCAGGUGCCAUGUCGGCGCUGUUCAACUUCCACUCGUUUGUGACGGUGGUGCUUCUGCUGAUCUGCACCUGCACCUACCUCAAGAUGCACUUCCCCUCUCUCCUCAUCCGCCGGACAGGGUUUCGUGGUUUCUUUUGGAAGGCUGCUAGGAUAGGUGAACGCCUAAGCCCCUCGGUAGCCAUUGGGUGCUCUGUGAUGGGCAUAUCAAUUUUAUUUUGUUGAUAUAGGAAGAUGUCUUUGGCCUUCUUUGCUGACGAUACUCCAGUGUAGAUAGCAGGAACCUAGUGGUUUGCUUCUCUCUUACAAACAUGUCACAAACUGCGCACUUCUUGUUAGGUCCUUUACACUUCAGAAAGAAGAGAAGCAUGUGAUUUUUGCAGUUACAUACUCUGAUCUCUUUGUUUGAGAUGUCACAUGCCUUUGUAUGUGGUGUAUUACUGUGCUAUGCUCUGCUUUUA